AUGGCUGAUCCACUGUCGAUUGCAGGCUUGCUCCUACAAGCCAUCGAGAUCGCAGGCAAGGUUUACGACUUUGCGAAGCAGGUCAAAGAUGCCAAAAGCGAGAUUCGGGAAUUAUUCGGCGAGCUCUUCGCGCUCAAGGCCGUGUUUGAGCAAAUGCGGAUAGAGCGCAUUGCAGAUAGCAGCCUCAAAUCCGAUACGUCGCCAUCGCCCUUUCGAGAUGCGCUGCUCAAAGCCAAUACGGUUCUGGAGGAGAUCCUCGAGGAUCUGAUGAGUCGAUCGUUGCGGCAGUCCCGGUUGUCCCGGUUGGGAUGGCCGGGCAGGAAAGCAAGUCUCCAAGGGAGCAUCGCUCAGUUGGAGAGGCUGAAAACCUACUUCAUUCUGGUCAUCAUGAAUGAUAAGACGACUGCGGAUAAGGACGUGGCGUAUGCAAUUGACUCGAUCGCCGACUGGGGCAAACAAAUGAAACAGAUGCAUCAAGAAACUCAAUUUGAGAAGGUCAAGGAGUGGAUCUCCCCAGUCGAUGUCGAAUCAGCGCAUCGGCAGGCAAGAUCGGUCUGGCAACCUGAAACUGGGUCUUGGUUCAUUCGUGGCUCUUUUAAAUCAUGGUUUGCAUCUGACAACGCUCGGCUGCUCUUUUUGGAGGGAAAGUCUGGCUCAGGAAAGACAGUUCUUUGCUCAACGACAAUAGAGGCAAUCAAAGAUCUCAUUGCGGACCGGCCGUCCAGCAGGCUGGCGUAUUACUACUGCUCAUUUCGCUCAAGCACGUCUCAGGAGCUGGUUUAUUUACUCGGAUCCUUGCUUGUCCAGCUGUCAAACACAUUUCCGGGUAUUCUCCAGGACUUGACGGACAACUUCCGAAAGAAAGCCUUACCUCCGCCCGAUGUCCUAAUAAAGCUGAUUCUGAAAUACACGAAGCAGCUCACAGAGCUGUUUAUCGUUGUCGAUGCCGUCAACGAGAGUCAUGAAAGCGAAUCAAUCAUUGAAGCUCUGGUGACUCUACUUAGAGCAUCAAAUAUACACAUGAUGAUCAGCAGCACGUCUUUCCCUCCAUUGGAUGGAAGUUUCGGGGUUUGCAAAAUUCAGAUGAUGCCAUCGACAAACAAGGACGACAUUCAGGCCUUCCUCGACGCCCAGCUAGAAUCCGUUCCGACUCUUCGUCGGCUACCAGAGCACACCAAACGCCAAAUUGAAAACACCUUGAUCGAAAAAGCCCAUGGGAUGUUCCGAUAUGUGCAAUGCCAGAUCGACCUGUUGAUUGCGCAAAGGACCGGUAGGGACGUCAUCAGGGCUCUGGAGACCAUGCCAGGAAGUUUGCACGGCACUUAUGAAUCUAUUCUGUGUCGUAUUCCGGCAUACGACCGAGAGCUCGCAAGAGAAACACUUCUCUGGCUUACUUUUGGGUUCCAGGAGAUCAAAUUGUCCGCGCUUAGCGAGGCACUGGUCUUGAUUAAGGGGGAAAAGACGAUUGAUGACGACUGUAGGCUUUUCGACCCGUCUGUCAUCCUGUCAAUAUGUCAAGGAUUGGUUGUCUAUGAUGAACAUCUUUCUGUGGUCACACUGGCACAUUCCUCAGUCAAGACGUUCUUAACGUCGGAGUCUAUCCGAGAUGGCCCAGCGGCCUUUUAUAGCUUGACCGAGGUCGAAGGUUCACGCCAGAUAUACGAAAAAUGCUUGACGUACUUGAUGCUGGACGCUUUCCAGCAGCCCUGUCCGAAUCUUGAUUCUCUCGAUAGCCGUUUGACCAGUUUCCCUUUGCUCGGUUAUGCAUCUGAGAAUUGGGCGAUGCAUUGCAGGUCAGACGGACCACUUGGCCCUCUGCUCGUGAAAUCUGACAUCGACGAGAUUAUGAUGCUCCUUGAUACACACAAACAAAAGAAAGGGGGGAAUUAUACGUCUUGGGUGCAGGUGUUGCUCUACGAAGCGCCGGUCCGACAGGCCUUGAUCACACCGCCAUUAUAUUAUGCGGCAUCGUUCGGGAUGUUGCCUGUGGUCAAUAGACUCAUCGAGACUGGAGUCGAGGUGGAUGCACGCGGUGGGCGUGGCAACGCCACCCCACUGAUUGUCGCUUCCUUCCGAGGCCAAACGCCAGUUGUGCAGCGGUUGCUGGAGGCCGGUGCAAAUCCGCGACUUCAGGAUGCAUUCGGCUCCUGCAGCCUGAGAUGGGCAGUCAAGAGACAGUGGCGCGAUGUCUCUGAGAUCCUGCUAGCACACAUGUCAAAGCAGCCAGAAAUCAAACCCCCGACGCUGCACUGGGGGUGUUGUUCCUGCGGAUCCAAAAAUAUUCUGGCGUUCUCACUGUUGCCCUGUCUCGUUUGCGAGCACUUGGUAUGUGGUGAAUGUCGGAGCUCCAGCACGACUGUGAGUCCCGCGUAUCCAUGGUUGACAAGCCUAAGUCGCCGUGGUAGCUUAAAUCUAGUGCAGACGACCAAUGCAUAG